AUGGAUUUCUACUCAAUCUAUCAGAAAAUUUCUAUCUUUAUUAUUCAUCUCUAUUUGUUUUUCUCAGAUAUCUAUCUAACUAUCUUUAACUCCACACUAACAUCUAUCUUGGUUCAUCUAUCUCCGUUUUAUCUAUCUAUCGAUCUAUUUCUCAAUAAAUUUCAUGUCGACUAUUUAUUAUCUAAACAAUCUUUAAAUCAUCGUCCCCUAAUAUAUCUUCUUUUUAUCUAUUGUCUAUCUAUCUAUCUAUCUAAAAUCUAUCUAUCUACUCUUUUAACUCCAUUCUCCUCAUCUAUCUAUCUAUCAAGGAAAAAUCUCUCUAACCCGAACCUUUUCUUCAGGCUAUUCAUCUCUACUUUUAAUUUAAAAUAUAAAUAUUAUCCUAAUUGUUCUUUUAUCUAUCUAUCUAUCCUUACUCUUUAUUCAUCUCUAUCAGUGGUAACUCAAGACCUGAAUAUCUAUCUUAUCAGUUUGGGAAAUACAUCUAUCUAUCUAUCUAUCUUUAAUCUUAUCUAUCUAUCUAUCUUUUAUUGUCGUGAACGAACCUCUGACUAUUUAUUCCGUCCUAUCUAUCUAUCUAUCAGUCCUAUUCAUCUCUUCCGUUUCUAUCUAAAAUCUAUCUAUCUAUCUAUAAAAAACCUCGAAUCCUAUUCUCUCUAUUUAUCUAUCUAUCUAUCUAUCUUUAUGAAGGUCAGCUCUGGACAACUCUAUCCCUAUCUAUCUAUCUAUCUAUCUAUCUAUCUUUAUAACUAA